UUGAUAAGUGCUUCAAUACCAAUAGUACUUACUCAGAUGAAGCUCUCAAGAACCCUGGUGCCUAUCAAAGACUGGUAGGGAGGUUGUUGUAUCUCACUAUGACCAGGCCAGAUAUUGCAUUUGUGGUGCAAGUGCUCAGUCAGUUCAUGCAUUGCCCUAAAGUCUCUCAUAUGGAAGCAGCACUGAGGGUAGUAAGGUAUAUAAAGGAGGCACCAGGUCUGGGACUGCUUAUGCCAUCAGAAUCUUCAAGUAAACUGACUGCUUAUUGUGACUCAGAUUGAGGGCAUGCAUACAGACAAGGAGGUCAGUUACAGGGUAUUUAGCCAAGUUUGGGAAUGCACUAAUAUCCUGGAAGUCUAAGAAGCAAAGUAUUGUCUCCAGAAGUUUGGCAGAAGCAGAGUUUAGAAGUAUGACAUCAUGUGCAGCAGAAGUUACUUGGUUAACAGGUUUAUUCAGUGAGCUAGGUGUCAAGAUUGAACUGCCAAUAACACUGAUAUGUGAUAGCAAAGCAGCAAUCCAAAUAGCUGCGAAUCCAAUAUUUCAUGAAAGAACAAAGCACAUUGACAUAGAUUGCCACUUUGUAAGAGAAAGAAUUAGUCCGGGACUGCUAAGAACUGAACAUGUAAAUACAGAAGAUCAACUAGCUGAUUUGCUCACAAAGGGAUUGGGGAAAGCUCAACAUGAGUACCUGCUGAACAAAAUUGGACUGAAGAACUUGUUUGAAUCAUCAGCUUGAGGGGGAGUGUUGACUAGCAGUUGUGUAACAAGCUGAUAGUUAACGGUAGUUAAGUUUAAUUAUAACGUUAACUAGAGUUAGUUAGUUAAUGAGUUUGUUAGAGGCGGUUAGUUGUUAAAUACUGUAGCUACCUGUACAGAAUUGAUUCAUUCAGAAAUGAAGAAACUUAGCUCUUUUCUUCUCUUAUUUUCUCUCUGAAUCUCUCUCUCUCCGUUCUAGCUUCAAUUGAUCUUCCAUGGCUUCUAUCAAUAUCCUCGGUAAGCUGACAUGUCCUGCCUAAUUAUCUCUCCCCAAUACUUCUUAGGCCUAACCUUCCCUUCCUCAAACCGCCAUGGACAACCUCUCACACCUUCUGACCGGAGCUUCUAUGUCUCUCCUCUUCACGUGCCCGAACAAUAUAUAUCUACAGUAAAUAAGUCGUUCGUUACAUAUAAAUAGUUUAAAUUGCACCCUUUUACUGAGAAUAUGGUUCACUGAUUGUUGUAUCAUAUAUUGUUGUGAUUCUUAUUUUAGUUGUUAAUCCUAUCAGUUAUUUGCUCUUUGACAUAUUCCAAAGGGUGUGGUAGGAUGGCAGAGAUCCUCUUUCCUUGACCAGAAAUCUCUAAUUUUAAGUCUAGAAUAUGAAAAAAAUUUGGGGUGGACCCCAUCCUUCUUAAUGGACUUUUCUCCCGCUUCCUUGGCUAGAAGUCUUGGGUUUUAAGUGUAGGAUAUGGAAAACCUUUAGGGAGCGAGUAAUUUGCUCCCCCCUUCUUAGUGGGCUUUUCCCUAUGAAUCUGGAUUAGUUAGACCAGUAGUUUCGGAUACUUAGAGCAACAAAAAAAAAGUUUGACAUGCUGUGAAUCUAGCUCUUCAGGUCUUAUCAUGCACUUUUUAUGCGUUAUUGAUUGGUUAAUUUACUAUUGCUUUUCAUAAAUCAUUUUGGUGCCCCCUUUUUUUUUUUUCUAUUUUUUCUGAAGAAGUCCGCAGUCUAGAUCUAGGGUGUUUUUGGCAUGGCUCGGAGAUAUUUCCCUUGAUGAGAUAAAUUCCAUGUGUUUGGUUACCUUAAGUUAUGGAUAACAUUUUUCACGAAAAAGGGAGGAAAUUGACUUCCAUCACUUAUGGACGAAUUCAUCUUUCUAUACAAAUAUGAGAUAGAUAUUCUUCAAUCCCGAGCUAGUUGGGAUCGGUUGUAUGAAUCUUUAUUAUCAUAAAUGCUAUGCUUGGGUCCGUAGUAUUUCAAUAUUCCGUACUUAAGGAUUAUCUAACACUAGGGGUUCUCAAAUAUACUCUAGUGAUUACAGUUUUCCCCAUAGCAAAUGCACCCUAUAGUUGAAGCAAGUAUAGUUGCCUGGCUAAAUGCCAUAGUACCUGGAUGUGCUUUGACAGUGCGAAAUUCAAAACAAUCUCAUGGAUCUCAGUGCAGCUGUGUUGUUCAUAAGAGAUGCCAUGAAUUAAUUGCCAGUUGGAAAGUGAUCCGCAAAUAAUCUUUAAGAUACUACAGAAAAGAAUAUCUGUAAGAUAUACUAACUUAAAUCUUGGAACAUUGUCAAGAGAGACUUUACAUGCCUAUGGUCCACUGUACUACUCCGUUUUUUGGUUACAGAUUUUACUUUGACAGUUAUAAAUACGAAUCUGGCAGUUGUAAUGGCACCAAGGUGGAAAGGAAAGGGUGCUGCAGCCAAAGCUCUUGCGGAUCCCAUUUCAGAGAUAGUUUCCCAGCUUCAAUCUUCACUGAUCCAAUCAAAUUCUCGAGGGAUGCUCUCCGGUAUGAGUGUACUUCUUAAAGCUGAUACUGUACAAACCGACCUCCUCAAUCGUGCAUGUUUUGGUAGGCCAAGGAUUACAGCAGAAAAUAAUGAACAAUGGUUUCAACUCUGUAUGGAGGAAGCUUUUUAUCUAUACCAUUCUCUAAACUGCAUCAAGAUUGUAAACCACAAUGACUGUGAACAGAACAUUGAUGAGUUAUGGAAGUAUAUGACAUCCAAGAGGGAAAAUUUUCCUGUUUCAUAUAAAGCCUAUUCUCACCUAAGAAGUAAAAAUUGGGUGGUCAGAUUGGGGUCUCAGUAUGGAGUGGACUUUGUUGCCUAUCGUCAUCAUCCAGCUUUGGUUCAUUCUGAAUAUGCUGUGCUUGUUUUAUCAGCACAAAAUGGUAAUGCCAAUGGUCGUUUGAGGAUUUGGUCUGACUUCCAGUGCACUCUUCGACUAUGUGGAAGUGUAGCGAAAACGUUGCUUGUUCUUAAUAUUGUCGAACAGAAAAAGCAUGCAGCUUCUCCAUCUUGCUUGAAUAGUUAUGGUGUUGAGGAGAGAACAAUCACAAGAUGGAGUCCAGAGCAAUGUCGUGAAGGUAACUCCACAGUAGAUUGUCUGACACAUUAUAGAAAUAUAGAUUGAGUAGUAGAACGACAUGGACUAUGAGGAUUCAUAUGGCUGAAUACAACCUGCUUGGAAUUGAGCGCAGUUGUUGUUUGUGGUUGAUAAGUAAUUGAUAAGAAUUCUGUUAUAUAGUUCUAAGUUAGCAACAUGUUUUAUAUUUAUAUUCCUUAUAUAGGAUUACAGUCCACUUACAUACUCGGUUAUAUUUAACGUUCCAAAAAAGUAAAGAUUUUAUAAGUGUUCAGGACGUUGUUUUGCAUUUGAAAUUGGACAUCUCUUUAGAAAUCCUGAUGACAGUGGC